GGAGGCAAAGACUGCCAACUUCAUCUAGAUCCCAAGGCAAAUUCGUCCAAACUAUCUAUCCCAUUCCGACGUCAACUUCGCACAACUCCAUCUCUUUUCCGUUCACUGACCCCGACCUUCUUCACACUGAUCUACUCCUCCAUCGCGACUCCAACUUGUAGACGGGAUUCCUCGAUCUGCUAUAACUUUUUCCAGGAAGACAUUUCCAGCAAUGGCGAUGUCUUAUUCCCAGGCAGCUCAAAGGGCAAUGAGUGAGAAGGAGGAGAAGGACUUUGCGAAAGGACAAGGGGGAGCGUCAAUGAGCCACUCAGGGCAGAUGCCAUCGCAGUCAGGCACAAAUUCGAAGACGGAGGCUACCAAGUCACGAACUUUGGGGCAAAAGGCAAUGGAAUUCCUGCUGGAGAAAACUCAGAUCAAGGUGGAGAUCAAAGUAACAAAGGAGAUAAUCAGGGGGGAGGGAGGGAAGGAGGAGGAAGUGGAUGUUUGGGAAUACCCAGAGGAGGACAUCCAGUCCCUGAACGAGCUGUAUGAGAAGCAUGCGGUGCUGUUCAACUUUUCGGGACGAAGCAGGGAACUUUCGUUGAACGAAAAGAGAAGAUGGGUGAUGGACAGGCUAAUAGCCAUGGAAGACGUCCCAGGGAAGGAACCAGAGGUAUCAUACCACAGGAGGGGAAGGUUUUCAGUUAUGAUUGUCUGCGUGGAUCCAACUUACGCGCAAUACCUGAUAUCGAUCGGAUCUCUGAAAUGCAAGAUGUCGGUGGUGACAAUCCAACCUUGGAAACCACCAAGGCCGCCGCAGGCUGAAGCUUCAAGACACAGGCAGUCCAUGCUAAGAAACCACUUCUGGGUUCAGUUUGAUAAUCUAUCAGAGGGGAUGCACAGUUUUGUUCAAAGCAGGCUGCAGGCGGAGUAUCCAAACAACCCAAUCAUCGAAUGGUUCCCAGCUAACCCGGACUUCCUGGCACCUAAUCACGAUGCAAGAGUGGCAUGCUUGGAAGUAACGUCAGGGGCACCGCCAAAGUUCCCAGAUCAGUGGAUCUUCAAGAAAAGUGGGCAGAGAGUCACAGUGUUCAUCUCAUCCAAGACCAAUCCUUUCUGCUUCAAAUGCAGAGGCAGAGGCCACCUGGGUACUUCAUGCCCACAAGGGAGCUUAGGAGAAACAGCGGGGAAAAGGAUGGCAUUGAAGCAAUCGAUGAUGCAGGAGUGUGAGAGUAAACCGGGAGUAUGGUACAUAAAUUCAGCACAGUACAGGGGAUGGAUCUUUGAUGACAAUCUGGAAAACCCGAAGUGGGUGUGGGUGAUGAAAGGGGAGCCGACAGUUAAGCCGGACAUCUAUCCUCCUUAUGACAGCAGGUGGAGGCACACAGGAGCCAAACGCAUGGAGGACAAGGAAACUGGAUUCCUUAUCAAACCCAUGUUGGAGGAAGAAGUAAUGCAGGAUGUGGAACGGAGAUUGAAGCUCAUGAGGGAACUGCACGAGGUUGGGAAGAAUGCAGAAUUGGCAUUCUUGGAGAAUGCAGAAGCCAGAUCUCAGCAGCAGGGCCAGACAAGAGACAAGGAGGAGAGGUCGAGAGAAAUGGAGGAGGGUGAGGGAGACAAUAUGGAUUGCGAGCAAGGAGGGAAGGCAGAGACUGAGAGAGGAAGUACUUCCACAAAGAGGAAAGGAGAGGCAAGAGGAGAGAUUGGGUCUAACUCUCAAGAAGGAGAUUCACAUCAGGGAAAAAGGAGACAAAAGACCCAAUCCGGAGGGGGGGACACUACAAAGGAGGAAGAGGGGGAAUCAGCAGGGAGAUCGGGGAAGGAGAGCGAGCCAGACUCAAGCUCACGGGAUGCGACCUCAAAGAGAAGCAGGGCACGAGAAGAUGGGGCAGGCAUCGCAGGAGACAAAGAGGAGGACUUGACAGACAAUGACCACCCAGAAGGAUCCUCACAGUAUGAUGAAGACAAAAGCGGUUCCCAGGGGGCCCAGGACCAUGAAACAUUGGAGGACGAAGAAAGGGUAAGAGAGAGGGCGAGAAAGAGGGGCAUGCAAAAUGUCGAAAAUAUGACAGUGCAACAGAUUUUGCAAGCAGAAGAGGACCAGAGGGAGAGUUCAACAGACGAAGAAAGUGAAGCCUCAUCAGGGGAGGAAGAAGAAGAGGAGGAGGAAGAUCAGGAAGACUCAGAUGCAGAAGAUUAGACAAGGGACAGGAAACACACCUACAAGAAUCUGUAGGACACCAGAAAACGAAGUACCAGAUAGAGAAGAAACUGCAAAGAGUUAAAGCAGCAUGGUGGGCCCCAGCAGCAAACAACCAUUCCGCGGGUGUAGUUAUACUGCAGAACAAAAGGGCGAAAGCGGC